GAAAGCGAGUUGAGGGACGAGCUAUGGUUCAUCGAAUUCGGUCGGGGCGCAGCGCUGCCGCUGACCCCGGAGGAGGCACCGGCGGACGGGGAACCGGUCGUGCCCUGCGCCCAAGGUCGCGUCAUUAUCGAAAUGGCGAGGCCGGCGCCACCACACUUCGCUACCUGUUCCACUUAUCGCAGACCGCUCCUCAGCCGCAUGUCAAACGAGGUGUCGAUCAGCGAUGGAACGAUACCAUCGUCGAGCGGCACCGACCAGAGUCAGCAGGAGCAGGAGCAGCAGCAUCAGAAGAUCGGCGGCAAGGGCGCCGUCAGUAAGGGCACGACGACACCGCAAAGUCCCGCCGCGAGGCCGGAUGAUCUCAGCGUGACGCCCUGGUACCUGGAAGAUAAUCCGACGGACACAUCACCGGGGCCGAUGGGUGACAGGAGCUCGUAUCCCUUGUAUUCGCACGCCGACGGCGGCAGGCCGGAUCUCAAUUCGACGAGGAACAGCAGCAUCGAGGGCGAAUUACCAAGGCCGGCGGUGCCCGUUCCCCGGCGGGCCUGCAUGGAUUUGAAGGCCGCGAUGGCACUGCUGGACGAGACCUGCCCGAACGUGGAACCAAGUCCGUCUCUCACCCCGAAAACACCCAGGACGCCGCUCACGCCGUACACGUCGCGUAGCAAGAGGGCCCGCUCCAAGAGCAGCGACAACUCUUCCAACUAUAGCAACGAUCGGCUGAGCGAUCGCUCGUUCGAAACCCUCAAGGACAAGGAUAAGGAUAAGAAGAGGCCGUUCUUGUGGAAGAUCGGCAUCUCCAAAACGGAGGAUCGGCCGUUCCUGGCGAAGCUGACGCCAAGAAUUAUUGGCAAACCUUACUUGGAGAAGAUCGGGCCCAGCAGGGCCGUUGAAAGACCGUUUUUGGACAAGAUCGGUUCAUCCAAGACCUUGGAUAAAUUUAUUUUCGACACGCCGCGUAAUGAACGCAGAAACGACGUCAGAAAUGACAGAAAGACGAACGACACGACAGAAAACAUCGAAAAUACUGUUCAAAAAGUAGUACUCGUUACCUCUCAUUCAGAAGAGGUACAAUGCAAGCCUUUGGAGACCUCGGCGACCCAUGAGAGAAGGCGUUCGGGUAAAGAGUUCCUGUUAAAGAUGUAUUCAUUCGAGACGGAGGACUUGGAAUCCACCGUUCCGGUAAAGGACCCUUUACGCGAUUCGUUCCUGGACAACGUAGUGAAUUCAGGUCCGAGCUCGUUACCGAUAGAAAACAGCAGCGAACACACGAUAUCGAGACCAGAAUUGGAGAAUCGGCCAACCAGCGUAACUGCCGAGUUGUUAAAAUGCCGAGUGACCACCAGCGAGGAGAUCAUAUCUUCGUCUACGUGCUUGAAUUCGUCAAGCGACGCCAAUAGCUGGAACAAUUUGCCGCGAAGAGCGCAGCGCGGGAAGAAGGAAUCGGCCUUAAUUCGACGCAAGAUUUUUCAAGGUUCCAGCGAAAUCGUUCGUAGCGACGACAGCACGCCGAAUUCGCCGACGAAGAGGCCUAUCUCGAGCGUCUCUCCCGAUCGUGAGUUUCGAAACAUCAUCUCGGAGAGAGGAAUUCUCUCUCCGACGAAGACCAGGAGAUCGAUCGUCGAGGAUACCAGGCGGAUCGAGAAUACGCGCAGAUCGAUCAAGUACAAUCAGUUCGAGAGACGAGGCAUUUCCUCGGAUAAUCUUCUGGCAAAGGACGCUCUCUCAUUUGUCACUGCCUCGCAAACUAUAAUCGAUGACAUCGGGAGAACGCGGGAAAUUUCGUCGGAGGAUUCGCUGGCAACGCGUCGGAGCGAGUAUACGAAGGAAACGUUCAAGCAACUGCAGGACAAAUUCAAGCUGCAGGAGAUACCUAUGGAGAGUUACGCGGCUUUCAAACGGCGCACUCGAGCCGCUCAAGGCGCUUUGAGUCGACACGACAGGCUGAAUCUGCUACCAGCGGAAUCCGACAUAAUCUUGAAGAGCGCGUCCGGGAUGGAAGAUGUUGCAGCGGCUGAUACAAACACGAUCGAAACUGCCGUGGAGAAACGAGAUUGGAGUCAAAAGAGCACAAUGAGAUCCAUUCUGAGAAAGCAGCAAGAGAUCGAUCAUCUUAGUGAUCACGAAUCAGACACGAACACGUCCAUCAGACGACCGAAGAGACGAAUCUUUCACGAACCGUCGCAGGAAACCAUGGAUCUACUGACAGAACUGCGCAAAGUGAAGAGCUUGCUAAAAACUCCGUCCUGGGAGAAGGAUCUGGAUCUUGAUCAAAAGCCAAGGCAGAUGCCAAAGCGCAUUUUGUUGACGGACAAGGAAUUCUGCCUCUCGGUGGAACGAGAGAACAGCGUACGACGACCAUCGAGAAUGAUCAAUUCGUUGGAGACCACGGAGGAAGGCAAGGUUACGUCGAAUCGCGAGAAUAAAGAAGACAAGGAAAAUCAGUCGAAUAGCGAGAAUCGAAAAUCACCCGGGCCGGCUCUGUUCGAGAAGAGAUGUCUGUCAUUGGAUUACGCCGAUGAGGAGAAGCCUCAGAAACCGGAAGCUCGAGCGAUCUCCUUGGCGUCUACGAGGGACCUGCCGUUCGAAACCGAGGAGACCGAUGACUAUCCCGAUUUGAUGCUAAUCUGCGACUCGAAGAGCUGUUCUUCAGACGUCUUCAAUUCUCCAUCCGAGGAGAUAGAUAGAAAAGUCGGCGAAUUAAUAUCGGAGAUGGAACAGCCAAAGAAGCCUAGCCAGAAUCACUACGCCGAGGUGGACAUCGCUAUUCCGACCGAUCAGAGGAUCAACAGUUCCAAAGGCGAAGACAUUCAAGAGCGGACCAGCGAUCUCUACGAGAUUAUAUCCCCUCGAUCGACGCCGUUCCGCGUUAAGAAGCGACUCGGAAAAAUCUCCGUCGAGGAGACCGUCAAGCCGGAAAAUUUCACCCUCGGUUCUAAGGUCGACUGCCGAUCGGUCGUUGCCCAGAAACGAACAAAGUGUGUCCCCUUAUAACGCACGUCGACCUGCCCGUGGGCGAAAUUCUCUCUGCGACGGCGCCAAUUAUCGUGCUCGUACCGUGAGAAAAAUGGAUACAGGUGCGCAAAUAAUUAUUUGUAUUAAGUUAAUUAUAUUUCACUUUAAUCCUUUCGGUAUUGUGUAUUAGAUACGAGUGAUUGAAUAUAUCGAAUACAAAUAUUGGGUCUUUAACAAGAUAUUAUACACAAUUUUUAUUUUUUUAUUUGGAGUAUUUAAUAAUUUUUAAUAUUUUUAAAA